GGCAGGCAGCUUCUCUGGCAUUGCCGGCCGGGGCCGCCGCGCCGCAAGGGGGAGCCAGGGGCGCAGGCCGAGCCACCGCCGGUGGCUCCACGGGUCGCUGGGCCGCAGCUGUCCGGGAGCAUGUGGGGGGCUCGCAUGGCGGCGAAUGCGGCUCCGCUGUGCUGCCGUGCGCUGCGCAGCUCCGCUGUCCUGGGCGGUUCCAGGAACCUGCUAAAGAAGAUGCUCCACAAAAAGAAGAAGAAGUUUUGGUAUGACAGCCCUACACUGGGAUCUAAGAUGAUGUAUGAGCCAACCAAGCUGGCCACUACAAAGCAAGCUGACCAGACAAAAACUAGAAGAGAAGAUACCAUACGCUGCAGAGUCUUGAAUGGUCUCAUUCAUAAAGCUGUGACAGAGAUGAUCAGUAGCUGUGAAAUUAAUAAAGAGCUUUAUGAUCUCAAGCUGGAAAUCUGCAAGGUGUCCCUGGCAUCAAACUUUUCAGCAUGUCGCAUAUACUGGAAUCCUGCUUCUACUACAGACAGUGAUAAUUAUGUUGAAGGGGUACUGCGGAAAAGUGCUCCACGUAUACGGUAUCUUCUAAUGAGUCAGCAAAUUCUAGGAAAUGUACCCCCAGUAGUGUUUGUAAAAGACAAAGAAGCUGCAGCUGUAAAAGAGAUUGAGGAAUUAUUGGCCAUUGCUGAUUUUGGACCUCAGGAAGAAGAAAUACCUCAAAAUGAUUCCAGUGAAUCACCAGACACUCAGUCUUCAGAUUCACCUGUCCGCUCUAAUCUUUUUGGUGUUGAUCAUGAACUGCUGAAUAAGCAGAUAAUGGAAUACAAAAAACUGAAACUGUCAAGAAUUACAGAAAGUGUUCCAUGGACACAGAGCCAGGGGCAGCAGCUGUCUAAGAUUCAAAAGAAAAUGAAAAAGAAAAAAACAAAGAAUAUCCCUGAUGAUGACAUUACACCACAGAAAUACUUACUGGACAGAUAUGAAGCUGAUUACUUCGAUGAUAACAAUGAAUCCAUCUCAGACUAUGAGCUGGACGAUGAAUUACAGGAGGUAAACGAAUUAGAGGCAAAUGGUGGCAAAACUCAAAGCUAGCCUACCAUUAAACUGAAAUGAGGUGGAAGAAGUUGCUCCCUUUAAAACUGAGAGUGCCAGUGGCACAAAAAAGACUGUCACAGCUACUGAAAGAUUAGUUUGGUACCUCCUGUUUACCACUUCUUUUAGAUUUGCAGGUCUGCCACACAUGGUGUACUACUGCAUGGUAUAUUGGAAAAAUAAAAAUACUGUUUGUAACAAACUGCUGAGAAGCUUUUAAGCAGCUGUAGUUGUAGGAAUUUCAGCUAGAGAGCAGUAUUCUAAUAACAAAACAUACACGGUGCAGCAGCAUGAGCUAAAUCUUUUUGCAGUUUUGUUAUUUCCAAUAAAAUUGUUGUUUCUAUCCUGAAA